GACUGAUCGCUGCUCGCGCCUUGGAUUGAAAACUGAAGCAAAUAAUCAUUUGGAUGUGCGAAAGUAGCUGGCCACUAAUCUGCUGUCUGGUUAAAGACAAAAGACACACUGACUAACAUAAAUAUAAAUAAUCACAAUGUCUACUGAUGCCUGGGCCUUGGCGGUGGAUGAACAAGAAGCUGCUGCACAAUCGAUUGGUCGUCUGAAAAUAACUGCAACAGAAGGAGUACCUAAACCUGAAGAAAAUGGAGCCAUAAGGCCAGCAGAGGAUGUUGAUAAGGUAGAAGAGGAGGACAAAGAGGACAGAGCAGCUCAGUCGCUGUUGAACAAACUGAUACACACUAACUUAGUGAAUACAACCAGUCGGGUUGAAGUUCUACAGAGGGACCCAAACUCACCACUGUACUCUGUCAAAUCUUUUGAGGAACUGAGACUAAAGCCACAGCUUCUUCAUGGUGUGUAUGCCAUGGGUUUCAACCGACCCUCCAAAAUCCAGGAGAAUGCCUUGCCCAUGAUGCUUGCAGAACCCCCACAGAACCUGAUUGCCCAAUCACAGUCUGGCACUGGAAAAACAGCCGCCUUCAUCUUGGCUAUGCUCAGCCAUGUAGACCCGGCCCAGAACUGGCCACAGUGUUUGUGUGUGUCCCCCACCUUUGAGCUGGUUUUGCAGACUGGGAAGGUCAUUGAGCAGAUGGGGAACUUCUACCCGGAGAUCACACUGGCAUAUGCCAUCCGAGGCAACAAACUGGAGAGGGGGGUGAAGGUGCAGGAUCAGAUCAUCAUCGGCACCCCCGGGACAGUGCUGGACUGGUGCUCCAAGCUGAAGUUUUUCGACCCCAGGAAGGUCCGUGUGUUUGUGCUGGACGAGGCUGAUGUCAUGAUCGCCACGCAGGGCCACCAGGACCACAGCGUCCGCAUCCAGCGAAUGCUGCCCAAGCAGUGCCAGAUGCUUCUGUUUUCGGCGACGUUUGAGGAAACAGUGUGGCGCUUUGCUCAGAGGAUCGUCCCUGACCCCAACGUCAUCAAGCUGAAACGGGAGGAGGAAACCCUGGACACCAUCAAGCAGUACUACGUGCUCUGCCGCAACAAGGAGGAGAAGUUCACCUCCCUCUGCAACAUCUACGGGGCCAUCACCAUCGCCCAAGCCAUGAUCUUCUGCCACACGCGGAAAACAGCAGGCUGGCUGGCGGGGGAACUGUCCAGGGAUGGCCACCAGGUGGCGCAGCUGAGCGGAGAGAUGGCGGUGGAGCAGAGAGCUGCCGUUAUUGACCGCUUCAGAGACGGCAAGGAGAAAGUGCUGGUGACCACCAACGUCUGUGCCAGAGGAAUCGACGUUGAGCAGGUAUCCGUGGUGAUCAACUUUGACUUGCCCGUGGACAAAGACGGAAACGCGGAUAAGGAGACCUACCUGCAUAGGAUUGGGCGUACGGGUCGGUUUGGCAAGAGAGGGCUGGCUGUCAACAUGGUGGACAGUGAAUUCAGCAUGAACAUCCUUAACCGAAUCCAAGAGCAUUUCAAUAAGAAGAUUGUAAGGCUGGACACCGAUGACCUGGAUGAAAUUGAGAAAAUUGGAAAUUGAUGUGCCAGAAUUUCAGAAUGCAGCUCACCCUUGAACCCACCUCUGACACACUAUUUCUGAGGUCAUUUUAUUUCGGAAAGCAUGUUGAGACGUAGGAAAUGUGUAUACCGGGUCAAAAAGCAGUCUUGGCUUAUGUGUGCAAUGACGGCAAAAAUCUUGAAUUUCACAUAGAGCCCAGCACAUUUGGCAACUACAGUUUAGAAUGUAGAAGUUAUUGAUUACUGAGCGUGUUUGAUGGAACCACAGUUUAGAAUGUAGAGGUUAUUGAUUACUGAGCGUGUUUGAUGGAACCACAGUUUAGAAUGUAGAGGUUAUGGACUACUGAGCGUGUUUGAUGGAACCACAGUUUAGAAUGUAGAGGUUAUUGAUUACUGAGCGUGUUUGAUGGAACCACAGUUUAGAAUGUAGAGGUUAUUGAUUACUGAGCGUGUUUGAUGGAACCACAGUUUAGAAUGUAGAGGUUAUUGAUUACUGAACGUGUUUGAUCGAACCACAGUUUAGAAUGUAUAAGUUACUGAUUACACAGUUGCACCACUCAGUUGCUUGUACAAGAAAUUAAAUUUGUUUUCAAAGACACUACGGGCACCAUUUUGUGGUGCUAUAUCUGGGGACACCAGCUCAGUUCUUUGUGGAACAGUUGGAUUGAUUGGGCUGCCUACAGUAUUUGGGCAUGUCUGAAAAGCCUGUCCUGGUUUAUUAAGCAGUUGCCAUUUUAAGUUUUGUUUUUCGGUCAUGCUGCCAUUGCUUGUUGUUGCCAGAAGCUGAACGAAUGCAAAGUCUUUAAAAGUCACGGCGUGAGAUAUUUUGAAAAACAACUGGUGUUUAGUUUAUUUUAUGAGUUUUAAUUAAAUGACCACUGCAUUACCAAAUAUAACAAGCCUGACUAUGUUCUGCAGUCUUUUGGUUGGUGAAAGAUAUUUGUAUGGAACAUUGGUCAGUGUCUUGGCACAAUCGGUUUGAUGCAAUGGACGAGUGAAAAUAAUUCCUCGUAAUAGUUUUUGCAUUUACUAGCUUUCAGACUAAUGAUAUGAGGAAAUUUCAUUUGUUUUAUUUUAUUUCGGUUUUGGUCAGCAUAAGGUAAAUGUAUUCACUGUCGUUUCCAAAAUGGUCCUCUUGGCUGGGCAGGCCUGGGUUUAAAGCUCUAAACUGAAUUUGAAACGUUCACGUCAA